AUGCUCAGCAGCGAGUAUACGCCGCAGAUGUCCUCUUCGCCAGGCUGGUGGACAUGGCUGACGCUGAGGCUGCCCCUGCUGGGCAGCCCCCAGCUGCUGCAGCGCAUCGCCCUCACAGUCCUCUUCCUGGCACUCGCACGCGUGGGGCAGUUCAUCCCCCUGCCGGGCGUCAACCUGGCUGCGGUGGCCAGCGCAGCCGCAGGCGAGCACUGCUCGGCUCUCGGCACAGGCGGUGGGUUUGAGGAGGCGUUUGGGGCGGAUAGCGCAAGUGUGGGCAUUUUUCAACUGGGCAUUGGGCCCUACAUCGACGCAUCCUGGACGCUGUCGCUCAUCCUGCUGCUCAAGAUCCCUCAGGAGAUCUACGUGCACCUGCAGCAGCUGCGGCGAGCUGGGCGCGAGGGGGCGGCGGUGAUAAAGAUGUACACUCAGGUGGGGUCGCUGCUGUUUGCGGUGGUGCUGGGCGCCAAGCGCGCGGUGGAGCUGCGGCCGCACGCGAUCGCGCCGGCCGGCUUCCUGACGCACACAAUGGCGACGCUGGUGGCGGGCGCGAUGCUGCUGCGCUUUGUGUGCGACCAGAACGAGGACCACGGCCUCGGGGACGGCAUCUCCCUCCUCAUCUGCGCCGGCAUGGCCGCAGGAUAUGCGGCAAAGCUGAGGCAGUUGCCGGGGUUGCUGGCGGCUGCGGCAGUGCCGGCCUGGAAGCUGGGGGCAGCUGUGUCGGCGUGCCUUGCGCUCGCGUAUGCGGCUGUGUAUGUAACCCAGAUCGAGAAGCGCCUGCCCCUCGUGUACUACAAGCGUCGCACAGAGGAGUUGGGGAAGCGGCGGGCGCCAUCGCAGCUGCCGGCCAAGCCGCCGCGGACGACGGAUUAUCUGCCGCUGCGCAUAGCGCCCUCCGGCAUGGGUCCCUUACUCAUGGCCUCCUUCGUAUUCUACAUGUCCCCCCAAGUCGUCGCCUUUGUCUCCCCGCCAGCCGCCGCCCGCAUGGCCGCCUUCCUGUUCAAUCCGGCGGUGCUGCCAUGGAGCUUUGGGCUGUUUGUGUUCAUGACCAUGAUCUUGGACUUCUCCAGCGGCACUGCAGCGCGUGAGAUGGCUGAGUGGAUGGCGUCGGUGGAUGCGGGGGUGAAGGGGGUGAGCCCGGGCCCCUUCACGGAGGACUUCCUGGUGCAGCAGCAGGGGCUGAUGCGCUUCUGGGGCGGCCUCGCCAUUGCCGGCCUGGCCGUCGCCGCCAACCUGUUUGACGCCGCAUGCACCCGCCACCUGGGCGCCUCUCUCAACGCCAUCAGCCUCAUCAUGAUCACCGGAUUUGUCACCACCGCCCUGCGCCAGGCGCAGUCGCUGAUGCAGCUGCCUCGGCUGGCGAGGGCGCUUGCAAGGGAGAGGGAGCUCUUGUCUGCUGUUGAUUUACAUGCCAAGAAUGAAACAAGCCUGGUUCCUUCGUCAACGCCUGCAAUUUACUGA